AUGGACCCGCCGAACCUGGGCGCGCUUGACCUCUCCGACUCGGACACGGACGCGUUGUUUGACACGCCUGCGGCACGCAAGACCAAGAAGCAGACAAAAGAUGCGGACAAUGAUGCAGCAAAGACACGGUCAAAGGAGUCGCAUUACACGACAGAAGAGGCGCGCGAAGCAGCAUUGCGCAGGGAGUUGGAGAGCAUACGAAACGUCAACAAGGUCAUCGAGGGCGUGGUAGAAAGCCUGCAGAAGGCCAAGGACAACAUGGCUCGUCUAAUCUUGAACCCGCAAUGGCAGGGUGCGUCGCAAGAUUUGGUUGACAUCGAGGAGGAAGAGGUACACCGCCAGCAGGCUGCACAACGUCGGGCGGCAGACGAGCAGGCGCGGAGAGAAGCUGCGGCUAGGAAGAUAGAAGAGGAUCGCAGAAAGGCUGAGGCGGCUCCCAGGGCAGGUACUCGAGGCAGAGGCAGGGGCGUCCGGCCACGCGGUGCUUCGACAUCGUCCACAGGGAACUAUACCGGCGUAGGCGGACAGACCGGACGUGGUAUCAGUCGCAGCGACUCACGAGGUCGAGCAGGCAGCGGCAUUGGACGAGGGCUUCCGCGGGGACGAGGUAGAGGCUUGGGUUGA